GUUCUCUUCUUCUUCUUUGUAAUUUAUGUCGGCAUUCUACAACAUUGGCAUCGUUUUCCAACAUUUUUGGCAAAUUUUGCUCAAUUCGCAUUUGUACGACGUAUAGUAAUUCGUAGUGUUUCUUUUAAACCUCGCGAAAAUUCAUCCGUGCACGCAGAUAUGUUAUCCAUAUAAUCACAUUCAACAUGCCUGUAUCGUUUUAGAUAAAGCUGUGGACACGCCUCCAGUCAAAACUAAGCGUUACGAUCGUCCCUCCUAGUAUCUGCUUGAAGAUUGACCUGCGCUAUAUAUAACCGUAUUUAGACCAACCGCCGCCUUCUCGUGUUACGUUGUUUGAAUAGGGGCGGGGUUACAGCUAGUUGACCCCUGUAUGCGCCUUGCCAACAGUUUGUUGACAGAAGAGGUCACGUUUCUGCUCCACUUCUCUCGGUGGGGGAGUCGUCAAAAAUACAACUUCCCGCCAUGAAGUAGUGUAGGGUGGGCGGCAACUACCUACCUCUCUACGGAUCGGUACGUUUUGUCCUAACUGUUUGAUAUACUGAUCGUUUGUGCGAAGGUGUAGUGCUGGAGACAGUAUGCAAGCUCGCUUUGUUUUUUGAAGACAUGUACUAGUAUGUGCAAAGUUGAAUGCUGAGGACCAAAUUUUUAAACUCCACGCAACUCGACCUCUAAGCGUCGCUAAAGCACGAUUAGAGCAAUUUUGAUUGUAAAUAAAGGCGCAAACAAACAAAGCUGAGAGAGAACGGUGACCAGACAAAGAUGAGUCAACGUAAAGUUCACCCCGUUGCUGCCAUUAUCAAGUCUGCGUUGAACGGUAACAACAAUAACCAUAACAACAACCGCCAUGUUCACUUCGAAGAAGACGAGCCCGAAGUCGUUGAGAUAUCUUACGUCGAUGUUGAAGAAGACACGACGCCCAAGAGCCGGCCGCCACCGUACCCAGGCCUUCGUCAGGGACCGCACCCGGUUGCCCAGCUCAUCAAGUCAGCCUUUAACAACAGCGGUGCUGAUUCUGACAGUGAAGAUACCGACUCAUCCGGUGACUCUGAAACCGAGAACCAUGUUGUGUUCAAGUCACCACACCAGAGUCACCUUCGCAUGACUCACAGGAAUUCACUGGACGUAGCAAUGUUGCACCAGAAACAGUCGGAAAGCCCGGUGGAUAAGCUUCGGCAGAACUCUGUUGAAACCCCGCCGCCGUCUCCCGACACCCCGCCCACUGCCACCCGUAAGGUCACGUUCACGAUUCCCGCAGCUCUACCUCGGUCCCCUUCGGAGUCGUCGGUCGGCAGCAGCGGGCACGAGGUCCCGCCGAGUCCUGUCAGCCCGCCGCCGAAGAUUGACGUGUUCGUCCCGCCGAAGGACCUGUCGCCUCCGCACGACGGUCGCGCGGGAGACCUGAAGGACUGGCGGGUGUGCGCGCUGGACUUCACGGCGAGGGAGUUUCUGGAGCCCGCCGAUCUGGUGGAGCCGUGCGUGUGGCGGGAACGCGUGGUGCCGUCCCUCGUGGUCAGGCUGUGGUCACGUGCCAGCAGACGCUACCUCAGGAUUCUGGACAGCGGAGAUGUCUACGGGAGAAGCAGUUUUGGCCCAACAGGUCAUUUCCGGUUGAUUCAAGUGGGGCGUGUGUCACCACACCAGCCGGUGGUAAUCCUACAGUGUACCGCCGACCCUGACAGACAUCUAGCGGUACAACACAACCGAUUGCUGGGAAACGGUAACGGCGGACUGCAGUGUGAGUUUAUCGUGGUUCAGAAUGAGGCGGGGUUCAGUACGUUCGAGGCGCGGUGUGCCCCCGGCCAGUACCUCGGCAUCCGGCCGAACGGGAACGUCAUGAGGCCCGCGGACGUCCCCGGGAGGAAGUCCGUGGAGGCACAGCUCGUCGUCCAAUCAGAAGCCGCCAAAAUCUGAUUUAAUUGUAUUCUGGUAUGUUUAGUUUUAGAAAGGUGGUGUUUUUCAAGUAAUAAAACGUUAAAAUUUGGAACGUGUAAAGGAGUGAUUAUUUAAUGUAAAUGUUCUGUCGAAACACGCAGACACAAAAAACACGCACGCACACACACACACACACACAAACAAACGUAUACAAGCGCACUGAUAGACACAAUAUAUAUUUCCAUAAUCAUUGUGACAUGUGCGAAAUGGAAUUAGGCCAAAGGAUUUGGAAAAGUGGGAAAGAUACCUAACCUUCAGCGGCUUCCUCAUCCACGACACCUGAGUUGGAGACUAUGAGAAUACAGAUCGUAGCAUUUGGCAAAAAAGGAGAUUUAAACUAGCCAGGCUAGUCAGUCCGCCAAAGGUUGAAUUCAAACAAACCCACAAGGCGUCCAAGCUCCACUGACAAAGAUUAUCCAGGACCAGUUGUCUGGUUAACAUUAACCAGAAACGGUUUACAAUCAGAAUUACAAUCAUAAAACAAGAGGUCUGAGAUUCCAAACCUUCUGGAAGUGUUCACAACAAGUACUGAUCAUUUCAGACAUCACGAUCAAAAAAGUUAUGAUGCGCUCGGAUAAAGUCAACAUACUACCAUUCAACGACAUGGCAUUGAUCAUUUCAAAUGGCAAGAUAUUUUAAGUAUAAAAAAUAAUAGAGUACUGGACACAAUAGAAACUCGCCUUUUAUGAGUUCAAUUGUCGCAUUUCCUUAUCGUUAACUCUCUAUAUAAAGAUGGACUGUCACUGCUAUUGUACGUAAUAUAAGCAGGGAGGGCUACGAGUGGAGGCAAGGAUAAUGAUCAGGAAGGGCUACAAGUGGGGGCAAGGAUGAUGAUCAGGGAGGGCUACGAGUGGGGGCAAGGAUCAGGGAGGGCUACGA